UAUAAAUUUUAUAAUUUUAGCUAUAAAUUUUAAAUAUUCUUUAAAUUUUAUAUAAAUAGUUUUUGAAAAAAAUAAUAAACUUUGAUCCUAAUGGAUGAUUACCUGGAUAUUGAUGGAAGUCAUCUGGAAGGUGGAGGUCAAAUUCUUCGUAAUGCAGUUGCUUUGAGUUGCCUUUUAAGAAAGAAUAUUACUGUGUUUAAUAUUAGAGCAAAUAGACCAGGUCCUGGACUUAAAUCUCAACAUCUUCAUGGAUUGAGAUUGAUCCGUGAUUUAUGUGAGGGACAGUUGCUUGGUGAUGACAUAGGUUCAACUACUAUCCACUUUGCUCCUAAGAAACUAAAAACAGGUUAUUAUGAAGCAGAUGCAAAAACAGCAGGAAGUGUUUGUCUUUUGAUGCAAGUAUCUAUUCCUUGUGCUGCUUUUAUCGGUUCAAGAACAGAAAUCAAAUUCAAAGGUGGUACAAAUGCUGAAAUGGCUCCACCCAUUGACUACUACAUAGAGGUAUUUCAACCAAUCGCUUCAAAGUUUGGUCUUGAUUUUAGUUGUGAAUUAGUUCGAAGGGGUUUUUAUCCAAAAGGUGGUGGACAAGUUAAUGUAGUUGUAAACAAUGCCCAACAUUUCAAGUCUGUGAAUAUGGUAGAUUUUGGUAAAAUUACUGAAAUUUAUGGAAAAGUUUAUGUUGCAGGUGCUCUUCAAGACAAAGUUGGAAUAGAGAUGGCAGAAAGCGCAGCAAAAUAUAUUGAGGAUCAUUUGAAUAUUAAACCACUUAUUUCUCGAUCAAGAGUGCAUCAAGCAGUUGGUACUGGAUGUGGAAUUAUUGUGGUGGCUAAAACAUCCACAGGGUGCAUUAUAGCUGGCACCGCAGCUGGUAAAAAAGGAAAACCUUCGUCUUGUGUUGGAGUGGAAGCUGCAGAAAUGCUUGUAAAAGAAGUCAAACUAGGCGCGUGUGUGGAUACUUAUUUGCAAGAUCAGUUAAUUUUGUUAAUGGCACUUUCAGAAGGUUGUUCAAAGAUAAGAACCGGACCAAUAACUUUACACACUCAAACUGCAAUAUUUUUAUCAGAGAAGAUGACCACGGCUAAGUUCAAGGUUACUCCUGUUGACAAUGCGUUUUAUAUCGAGUGUGAAGGAUCGGCUUUUUCUUAUUGUGAAAAGCAUCGUUGAUAUUGAAGUAGCGUACAAGAUUAAUCGCAAGAAUUACUUUUUUAUGAUUAUUAAUUUUUUUUUUUUUUUUUUUUUUAAGAAUAGAAUGAAUAAUAAACAUA